AUGGAUGAACGAUGCCUACUUUCUCAAACGUUGGGAUGUCUGGUGCCGGUUCUAAAGCUCAGUUGGUUAGAGCGUGUGGCUGUUAACCACAAGGUCGAAGGUUCAAGCCCUUCCUCUAGCGUUUUUGGUUCUUUGUUGUUAUAUUUGCUUAUGACUGGUCAUUCCGGGCCCAAUAAAAUAGACUCUAUAAACCAAGUGAUGAGUUCAAUAAACCACUGCGUCGUCUCAAAUAAUGGGUUCAAUAAGUCACUUCUUGGUCUCGAAUCAAGUUUGAACAUUUACCGUUCAACCCCAUCGUGCUCGUUUGGUAUUGAAGACAACACACCGAACAAGAUUACUUCGAAUCUGGUACUGAAAUUUCGUAUUCUACGUGUGAGCUUAAUCGGGCUGCAACAGAAGUGGAGAAAGUAUCAGAGGGAACUAGAAACUACUACGAAUAAGGCGAAGGCUCCUGAUUUUCCUGCUAUGAACCAAAGUUUUGUAUCAUCUUCCAACACUGAGAAACUGGAGACUGCUUUUUCUCGUUGGUCACGGGCUACAGCUUGUGCAGCAAAGGUUGGAAAAGGGUUGUCCAAGGAUGAAAAGGCUAAAGAAUUAGCUACUGAUUACUGGCUAGAAGCUAUUGAUCUGCGCCAUCGUUAUGGUCACAAUCUUAAUCUAUAUCAUGAUGCAUGGUGUAAUGGCCAGAGCUCACAACCAUUCUUCUACUGGCUAGAUAUGGGUGAUGGUAAAGAUGUUGAUCUCAAGGAGUGCCGUAGAAUGGAUUUAGAGUCUCAAGUCAUUCAAUAUCUAGCACCCAAAGAGAGAGAAGCAUAUGAAGUGAUUGUAGAACAUGGGAAGCUUGUGUAUAGACAAGGUGGUGCAUUUGUGGACACUAGCAAAGGAAUAAAAUGGAUGUUUGUACUUAGCACCUCAAGGAGUUUGUAUGUAGGGCAAAAGAAAAGAGGCAUGUUUCAGCACUCUAGCUUUGUAGCUGGAGCUGCCACGAUUGCAGCCGGACGAAUAGUUGCCAGUAAUGGACUACUUGAGGCUAUAUGGGCGUACAGCGGUCAUUAUUGCCCAACUGAAGAGCAUUUCAUGGAGUUAAUUCAGUUCCUCGAGGAACACCAUGUCGACUUGACUAAUGUUAAGAAAGGGCCAAUAGAUGAUGAUGUUCAACCAGUUGUGAAAGCAAAAUCUGUAGACAAUACGAGUGCACCGCCUUUAGAAAACUCAAUUCCUCCUGUUAAGACUGGUAAUGAAAGUGGAGUUGUUCGUAGUAAUGCCAUCUGAGUACUGGACAACUAAACCCUGCCUGGAAAUUUGUCUUUCACCAUGCUUACAACUAGAUCAUUACAAAGUCAUCAUACUUGCAACUAGCUUACUAAACUUCAAUUUCGUGUAAUCACGCCAAUGUAAUUUAAUCUACGAGCAAUUUACUCACUCUGUUUGGUGGAGAAAUAAUGAAAAUCGUAGAAUAUAA